AUGAUCGGUUUCAGUCAACCGGGUACAGAAAUCGGUAUUAAUUUGACAUUAGGCACAGCUGUUUCAACGCAAACCAAAGUUGUCUGUAAUUCUAAAAUUCCACAACCAGCUGAGCUAGGAGCAAAGUCAAAUUUGUCAUUGAUGUUGAAAGAAGAGGAGCAAGGCGAAGAAGUUUUGGCGCUGCCAAGUCCUGGAACAUUGAAUGAUAUGAUGUCAAAAGUUCAAAUAAGAGGAAAACAAUUGUCAGAUUUAUUAGGGAAGCGAGGAGCACUUACCGAGAUGGAAUACUUGAAGGAGGGUGUGUGUGUAUCUGUGUUUGUGUUUGGAAUAGGAGAAAGGUCAGUAUGUCGUUGUCCUCUUUUAUAG